AUGACCAAAGCCACAACUCGCGAUAUUGUCCUAAGUAGACUAAAAGAUACAGUCAAAAACAAAAAGAUAAUUAUAGGAGCCGGAGCCGGAAUUGGUCUCUCAGCCAAGUCCGUAGAAGCAGGUGGUGCAGAUCUCAUCAUCAUAUAUAACUCUGGUCAUUUUCGUAUGGCAGGACGUGGUUCGCUAGCCGGUCUUAUGCCAUAUGGAGAUGCUAAUCAAGUUGUUGUCGAGAUGGCCUCCGAAAUCCUCCCCAUAGUAAAAGACACAGGUGUGCUCGCCGGCGUCUGCGCCACUGACCCCUUCCGCCACAUCCCCACCUUCCUCACGCAACUCCAGACCCUCGGAUUUUGCGGCGUGCAAAAUUUCCCCACCGUAGGACUUAUCGACGGGCGGUUCCGGGAGAAUCUCGAGGAAACGGGUAUGGGAUAUGAUAACGAAGUUGAGAUGAUUCGGUUAGCGCACGAACAAGAUUUACUUACUACGCCUUAUGUUUUCACUGCCGAAGAUGCAGUCAAAAUGACGAAAGCGGGUGCGGAUGUAUUGGUGGCGCAUAUGGGAUUAACGACUAGUGGGACGAUUGGUGCGAAGACGGGGAGGAGCUUGGAUGAAUGUGUGGAGGUGAUUCAGCAGAUUAGAGAUGCGGCGGUGGAGGUUCGAGAGGAUGUUAUUGUGCUUUGUCAUGGGGGACCGGUGGCGGGGGUGCAAGAUGUUGAAUAUGUAUUGGCGAGGACGAAGGGGAUUCAUGGGUUUUUUGGGGCGAGUAGUAUGGAGAGGUUGCCUGUGGAAAUUGCUAUUAGGGAUAAUAUGAAGGUAUUUAAGGAUUUGAAGAUUGGUGAUUAG